AUGAAUGAGGACAGCACCACCCAAGUCAGGCCUCUAAAGGUCCACCUCACGACUUGGAUUGUCGUUACUUGCAUUAGCUUUGUUUAUUUCUCCCAGCUCACGAUCAUCAUCGGCUCCGGCUUCCUCGCGCCGCCCAUCGGGGCCUUCUUCGGCGAUUCCUCGAAGACCAUGUGGUUUAACCAGUCUAUUAACCUCCUCUCCGUCGCUGUGUGCCUACCAGUUUCCCAGAUGGCAGACUAUUGGGGCCGUAAAUGGCUUCUUGUCGUGCUGCUCGCUAUUGGCUUCGCCGGCACCAUGAUUAUUGCUCGCGCCGAGAAUAUUGCGACUGUAAUUGCUGGCUUCAUAUUAGUUGGCAUUAACUAUGGCUGCCAGCCUAUCUUGUUCGCCGUGCCAUCUGAGGUUCUCCCAAGAAGUAUGCGGCCUGUAGCACAGGCUACUAUUAGUAUAUCUUCCAGCAUUGGGGGGUACCUCGGUCUUAUUAUGGGCGGUGCUCUUCUUCGAUACAAUGACCUCGAGAGCUAUCGCAUUUACUUCUACGUCGUAGCCGCUUUCUUUGGCAUGUCGCUUCUUGGCGUCGUGUUUUUUUACUCGCCGCCCCCAAGAGAAGAACAAGUCGCUUUUGGGCUAAAGCAAAAGCUCGGAAAACUCGACUGGAUCGGCUAUGUUCUCAUCGCAGCUGGGUUGACCUUGUUCUCUAUGGCCCUCGCCUGGUCUGACAACCCCUAUUCUUGGACGGAUGCACAUAUUAUCGCGCCCUUCGUUAUAGGAGUUAUUCUUAUCAUUAUCUCCAUCAUCUAUGAAUGGCGCAUUAAGAAGGAUGGCAUCGCCAACCAUGCUGUUUUUGCCCACCGCAACACCGCUAUCGCACUUCUUGCUUUGUUCAUCGACGGCAUAUCCUUCUUUACUGCUAAUAACUACUUCGCCCAGCAGUUUAGUAUGUUCACUGGAAAGGAUUUACUGAUCACGGGCUUGGCUUUUGGCAUGCUCUUUAUCUGCGGUGGCGCGUCCCCAGUUGUCUUUGGCUGGGUAUCAACCAAACUCCGCAUCGUCCGUAUACCCGGCGCAAUCUCUUUGGCUCUUAUCGUCCUCUUCAAUGUCCUCAUGGCAACUGUAACAGUAUCGACACCAGAGGCUAACUACUGGGGCUAUAUGAUCUUUGCCGGAAUCGGUCUCGGAGGUGUUACCCCAACCUUCAUGGUUGCUGCACAGUUAACCACGCCUCCGGAGCUCAUCGCCCUAGUUUCCGGCCUUAUUACCAUUGCAAGGUCCGUCGGCGGCGUCAUAGGCCUAGCCAUCAACAACGCCAUAUUCAACAAUACCCUCUCCUCAGAGCUUCCCGACAAGAUUGGCGGGGCAGCCACCUCUCUCGGCUUUCCCAAAUCGUCUCUCGAAAUGCUAAUUGCGGCUGUUAUAAGCCAAGACAGUGCCGCUCUCGCCGAGAUCCCUGGUGCCACUGCUGACAUCAUCGAUGCGGCUCAGGCUGGUCGGUUGGAUGCGUAUGCAGUCGCCUUUAGGAACUGCUGGAUUGCUUCUGCCUGCUUCUGUCUACCUGGUGUGAUCGUUGCGCUUUUCCUAAAAGAUCCUAGGACGGAGUUCAAGCCGCACAUUGACGCUCCAGUCGAGGUCGAGCUAGCGGAGGAACAGAAGAGAGGGAAGGUGAUCCAAUUGGAAGAUGUAAAUGAUGACAGAGAGGACGCUUGA